AAUAACACGGACAUGAACCUUGUACCCCUCGUCUCAGACAUUCUAAAGGCGGGCAUUCCCAUCUUGCUUUACAGUGGCGACCAAGAUUCGAAAAUUCCUCUCACUCAAACAAGAAUAAUUGCCAACAAUCUGGCCAAGGAUUUGAAGCUAGUCCCUUUCACAAAGUACGGUCCUUGGUAUGACAAGAAGCAGGUGGGAGGAUGGUCGCAAUCAUUUGGUGGGUUAAAGGACGGGAAGAACGUGACCUAUCUCACAUAUGCAACGGUCAGGGGUGCUGCCCAUGAGGUCCCCUUCACAUCUCCUUCACAGGCCCUCAUUCUGUUUCGUUCUUUUCUAAAGGGAGUCCCUCUUCCCAGGCCCAGUGAAUGA